AUGACGAAGGCGUAUCGCUCAUCAAUAAUAGGAUACCCUCGAGCAAAUUCGCCAAGUUUGCCCCCACCCCCACCACAGAACUUUCAACACUUCGGUGGAGGGGCGCCAUCAAACUACCAGUUCCAGUACUCAGCCUGUACCGGUCGGCGCAAGGCUCUGUUGAUCGGAAUCAAUUAUGCGGGACAACCCAAUGCAUUAAAAGGCUGCAUCAACGAUGUCACCAACAUGUCCAGCUUCCUAACCCAGCGAUUUGGCUACAAAAGGGAGGAUAUGGUGAUCCUCACCGAUGAUCAACGCAACCCAAUGAGCAUCCCCACCAAGGCCAACAUUCUCCGCGCUAUGCAAUGGCUCGUCAAAGACGCUCAACCAAACGACUCAUUGUUCAUCCACUUUUCCGGCCACGGUGGUCGCACUCCCGAUCUCGACGGCGAUGAAGACGACGGAUUCGACGACGUCAUCUACCCGCUCGAUUACCGCACAGCGGGACACAUCGUGGAUGAUGACAUGCACGCGAUCAUGGUGCGACCACUGCGAGCGGGCGUGCGAUUGACGGCGAUUUACGACUCGUGUCACUCCGGUACAGCUUUGGAUCUGCCAUACGUCUACUCGACACAGGGUGUUCUCAAGGAACCAAAUCUCGCGAAGGAGGCAGCGCAGGAUUUAUUCAGUGCAUUUACCUCGUACGGACAGGGUGAUUUAUCUAGUGUUGCAUCGACUGCGAUCGGAUUCUUCAAAAAAGCAGCGAACGGUGGAUCCGCUCGCGAGCGCACACUGAUGACCAAGACCUCACCAGCAGAUGUGGUCAUGUUUUCAGGGUCCAAGGACACACAGACCUCGGCGGAUACAUUCCAAGACGGACAGGCGCGUGGGGCGCUGAGCUGGGCAUUUAUUAAAUCCCUACAGCAAUGGCCUCAUCAAAGUUAUCUGCAGCUUCUCAAUACGAUCCGGAACGAGCUCGAAGGAAAAUACUCGCAAAAGCCGCAGCUCAGCUGCAGCCAUCCUCUUGACACGAAUCUUCGCUUUGUGAUGUAA